CCCGUGAUUGCCUGGGCAUACCUCGUGGACAGGUAUCUGCAGAAGGUGGCCGAGGCGGUCAAGCCCGACAAGCUGGUCCUGCUCACCACGGGCGCAGCGGCGGCACUUCCAGAGGAGCUCCUCGUGCCACUGUUCACGCCGGCCAUCACGGGUGCCGGGCUAAAACCCGAUGUGCUCGUAAUGGGCGAGUUUCCCGAACGAGCUCUCGUCAAGGGAGCCGCGGUGGGUGCGCACAUCGAGCUGGGUAGGCGCGCCGCGGGAGAGAUUUUCCGUGCGGCACUGACGCAGACCAUAACGGGAAGUCCCCACCCGCGGGAGAUCUUCAAGCAGGACCUGCUCUGGGCGUUUAAGAGGCUGGACCGAAACAAAGACGGCGUUCUCGGCCGCAGCGACCUCCUCGAUGGCGCGCAGUUCAUCGGGACGUCGCUGUCUGACGCCGAGGCGACGGGCCUGUUGCGCGACUUCACGGGCGGCAUGAUGGAGUCCGCCACCCCUGAUCAGUUUUUGUCGUGGUACCAGCGCACUCUUGAGAUUGCCCUGGCAAAGGUCGUCGAGGUGCACAACGUUGAUGAAUUCGAGCACUACGUCGAAUCAGCGCUGGAGAAGCCCGCAUCGAGCGGUAUGGUUCAAGAGGACGGCGCGUUGGUGGUGUUAGAGUGCGGAUACACCCACUGCAGACCGUGCAUGAAGUUUGAAAAGACGUACGAGCUCGUCGCGAAAAAGUACGUGGAUUGUUUAUUCCUUCGGGUUCUUGGUGACGAGUCCCCGGGCGCGGCGCACCUUUGCAGAGACGUGCUCGAGGUGCAGGGGACGCCCGAGUUUAGGUUCUUCCGCGGAAAGAAGUUACUUCAUGUCAUGCGCGGCGCUGAUAAGAGCAAGCUGGAGAACAGCCUGCAGUCACUCUUGAAAGAGGGCGAGGUUGGAUACGCCCUGCAACCCGUGUGACCUUGUUUGCAUAAGCUGGAAAGUGUAAAAGUAACAUUAAGAAUCUAUC